AUGUCGUUGGCCCAGCACGUUACCCAAGCAGAAGGCUUCGACUACCAAGGCUUUACCAGUCUAAAUCCGUAUUCGACCAGCGGCGACAUACGUGAAAGAGAAACAUCUGGCCAUUAUCACCAGUUUGCCAUCAAUGAGGAUCAAGAGCGGCGCUUCAUGCACUUCACACCAACUGGCUUAGCUUCCGAAGAAUCUCAUAUUGCUGCAUAUAAAGUAACCUUUAUAAAACGAUUCGCUCAAGUGUCAACCGCAGUUGUAGCGUGCUGGCUAUCCGCGGGUAUCGUGUUCGGCUUUGCUGCAUUAAAGCCCGUGUUGAUAUCUGAAGGAAUAUAUAGCGAUCUUUGUGGGUCCGACAAUGUGAUCCUCAUCAGCGAUAGUCAAAAUCGCCACGGAAUAACCUGCGUCGAGCAAGAUCUACGCCUGAACCUCUUCUUCGUCGUAGCUUCUGUGGCUGCCAAUAUCUCGUGCCUCUUGGCUGGCUGGGCUCUUGAUAGGUACGGCCGACGGGCCUGCUGGGUUGCAGGCUGCUUUUCUCUGAUCCGUUGGGGGGGGACCUUUAUCUUUGUCCCCAGUUUUCAGCUCGCUUAUGCCUUCCCAAAGCACUCUGGCAUUAUCGUUGCUAUGGUCACGGGCUCUUUCGAUGCAUCUACUGCUGUAUUCCUUCUCUACAGCUUGGUUUACGAUGCCACCGACGGGAAUAUUUCUAUCAAAAAGUUUUUCCUAAGUUAUAUAAGUGUCCCUGUUCUUAUCCUUGUUGCUGAGUUUAUCUACAUGCCACCACACGCCUAUCACACUAUCACCGAGCUAGAGUGGAAGAUUGACAAAGCCAAGGAUAAUCGGUGGGAUAUACACGAAUCCGACGAAGAUAUAAUUGUCGCCGAUGACCUGUCUAGGGUACGGAGCGCCCGCGCAGAUGACCGCAUGGCCACGCUAAAUGAAAUCGAAAAUAUUGCCGGCGAUGCAGAACACAGGGAAGGACAAAUGAGAAAAUACCAGGAACUACAGAGAAAUAGUGGUGUAUGGGGUGUCUUACAUGGUGCCCCCGCCGGCAAGCAAAUGCUCAGUUUCUGGUUCAUUCUCAUGCUGUUCUUAACUACCCUUCAAAUGCUGCGUAUGAAUUACUUCAUCGCCACUAUACGUGCGCAAUAUCUAUACAUGUUGGGCUCGGAAAGCCGCGCGGAGGCCAUUAAUCGCAUGUUUGAUAUUGCUUUGCCCGUCGGAGGUAUUGCCUCAACUCCGGUCAUUGGCCUUUUACUCAACUCCGUUAGUGUGUCCAUGGUAUUCUGCCUCCUGACAAUCUUGAUAACUGCUAUUGGCGUUUUCAAUUGUCUGCCGUAUGUCUGGUCAGCCUAUACUACCGUUAUAUUAUUCGUGAUCUUCCGGCCUCUUUACUAUUCUUCUAUCUCUGACUACGCUACCAAGGUUUUCGGUUUCGCUUCAUUCGGGCGUAUCUAUGGAACUGUGGUAUGUGUUUCGGGAAUAUUCAGCCUUAGCCAGGCUGGGCUAGACGCCGUUACCCGAUUCGCCCUUGAUGGGAACCCGGUUCCUAUAAACAUUGCGCUUACUGCUGCAGGGGCAUUCUUCAGUGCUACGUUGGCAGUCUUUGUAGCGAUUGAGGGCCGCAAAUUUGGUGCUGGAGUGGAAGCAGGACUGGGCGCUUAUAACGAGCGAGAACGGGUUCCGCCGAAUUCUGGGAUAGAAUAUGGGACCUUCUAA